CAUCGUAACGGUGGGUUCAUCUGUGGUGGUACUUUAAUCAAGAGGGACUGGGUGGUAACAGCAGCUCACUGUGUAACAAACAAUAACCCGUCGGCGUACUUUGUUCGUCUCGGUGAUCACAACCGUCGCGUACAAGAAGRAACAGAACAAGACAUUAAAGUCAUUAGAAUCAUAUCUCAUCCGAACUACAACAAUCCCCGACUAAGUAAUGAUAUUGCCUUGCUACAACUGGAAAAACAGGCUACACUGAACAGUCGUGUAGGCCUUGCAUGCUUGCCUGCUCACAACUACGAUCUACCUGCAGGAUCCAACUGCUACAUCACUGGUUGGGGUAAGAUAAGACACCCUGGAAGCUCUCAUCACAUCCUCCAACAAGCACACAUGCCUUCAAUCAGCCACGCCGAAUGCAAGAGAAAGAAUGGCAAUAUUGGUAUAACUAUCACUGAUGUCAUGCUUUGUGGUGGCAAGGCUAAUACUCAGAUUAGCGGUUGUCAUGGUGACAGCGGUGGACCUUAUGUGUGUAAGAAUUCCGCUGGCCGAUGGGUACUGCAGGGAGAUGUGAGCUGGGGUAAUUCUCGAUGUGAUUCCUCACAGAUGUACACAGUAUUCGGAAGAGUUGCWAAGUUUAGAAACUGGAUCGACAUGCACACACUAGGAGGCACUCAACCACCAACACAGCC